GCAUCUCGCCCCUGAAGUCUCUGGCAGCCGAUCGGCUCGUCCGAUCACACGCCACGUGUCCUAUCUUCGCCUCCUCCCCUCUGCUCCGUCUCCCUCUCCCUCGAUCUUUCUUUCUGAGGAAGCCGACGACGACCGCUUUGACUCUCCGCCAUCUCCCUCUUCCUCUUGCUCCCUCUCUGCCACCCCGUCACCCCCGCCAUCGCCAUGAGCUUCGUUAUCGAGCGAGCUUUCAGUGACCAGUUGCUGAUGCCACGGGGAGAGAUUUCAGCCAUCUGCCAAGUGCAUCAUCCGCGGAUCAGCCCCGAUUUCAUGCGCCUUGCGCAGUUCUUCUGCACUACGGAUGUAUACGGCGCGGUAGAAUUCCGAUUCACGAGCAAUCCCCAGGCGGUGGUGCUAGCCGAGGCAACGACGCUCCAACGGCAAGCGGCCCCGAUAAUCAGCCACGUGUCUACCAUGGUAGUCUUCAGCGGCAACAUCACCGCCUUCGAUCCGGCGCGGCAAGCCGCCAUCAAAAGCACCUUGUACCGGUGGGGUCACGAUCUGGCCACUGAUUGGGAUCGACAGCUCACAAGGCACGGUGACGAGUGCUAUCCUGUUGACGACAUCGAAGUCAACACGCCCGCGUCAGAGACUGUGGAGUUGCUCGUCAUUCAGGCGUGGAGGACCAACGUGGCGGGGGACCUUCUGGGAUUCGUCUUACGAGCAGUGGAUCGGGGAAACCGAUCACAGAUCGUGCGCAAACUUACGAUCGUGAUCGUGCGACUGGCAGACGAGCUCCCCCUUGACAUCGUCUCUCAGAGCGACGAAGAACCCGUGCCACAUACCCUCUCGAGGACCCUCGCCCCAAGCCUCCAGUGGUCGGCCUGUAUCGAGGAGCGUUGGGCGGACGACCGUUUUCCCUCCCAUAGCGAGUACCUAGACGUCCACAGCCUGACUAAUCCCCGCUUCUUUCGGCAACCAACGACGUUCGAGUGGGCGGCGCAGAGAGCAGAAGAGGAGGCCGAAGAGGAAUCGGAAGGAGAAUUGAGGAGAGGGGUCGAGGAAGCAGUGGCCCGAUUGGCCGAGGACGAGGAAGAAGAGCGCGAAGCUGAAGAAGAAGAAGAAGAAGAAGAAGAAGAAGAAGAAGCAGAGGAGGAGACCUCGGAGGAAGAGGAAGAAGCCUAUAGUGAGUACAGCGAGGGCGAGCAAAGUGAGGAGGAGGACGAAUACGACGAAGAAGUGGAAAGCGGAGACGACCAGGCGCCAACGCACGACGACGAGCUCGAGUGGGUGCCAGGUCCGGAUCGACGAGAGGACAACCCUGAGGCUGCUGCGCAGCGCAAGAAACAGAUCGCGGAAGGUAAGCAGCUGGCGAUCGAUCCCGCACCGAACGAUCCCUUCAAGGAUCCCGAGCCGCCCAAGCCGGAACAUGGAGACCUUGCUGCCACGACCUCGAGAGCCGCGACGACAAGGCGCCAACCCCGAUCCCGAUCCUCGUCCCCCUCCGCCUCCGGCCGUCCCCCAAUUCGUCAACGUGUCAAUGAGGGGUUUAGCCCUUCGUCCCCGAUCCAUAUACCACCAUCCCCUUAGCUAUCUCUCUUUCAAUCAGUAUUUCCAUC